AUGAAAUUAGCAACCGUAUCAUUAGCUGCUUUGACAGCUGUUGGUUUGGCCAGUGCUGACUGCAGUUACGUUGCUGGUAAUUACUAUUGUUCCAACACCAAUGCCAUUGUUUACUCCAACGUUGGUUACUCCGGUUCCUACAAAGACGUCACCAGCAUGGAUGAAAGUUCAUGUAUCUGUAACCAAGCAUCUACCUCCUUCAGCGGUAGUCUAGCUCCAUUGAAUGAAGAGUUAUCUGUUCAUUUCAGAGGUCCAAUCAAGCUAUCUCAAUUCGGCGUCUACUAUCCAAAUGCAGGUACUUCAUUGAAGAAAAGAGAUGUCGCUGACUGUGCCCCAGUCUCCCAUCGUCAUAAGAGAGACGUCGUUGUUGAAUGGGUCGAAGUCACUUCAACUGUCUUUGUCGACAGCAACGGUAACCCAGUUACUAGUGCUGCUGCUGACAUGACUUCUUCUUACACAAAGGUCAACACAAUCAUCAGCAGUGCUCAAAACACUUCUCCAGCCCAACAAAAUGUUGACACCGCGGCUACCUCCUCCUCCAUUUCUACCGCUGUUGGCUCUUCUUCUCAAUCCUCCACCUCCUCUUCUGCUGUUGGACAAUCCUCCACUUCUUCCUCUGCAGCUGCUCAAUCUUCCUCUUCUUCUUCUACCUCAUCAAGUGCUUGGACUAGACGUUCUUACUUCACCCCAGGUUCCACUACCAACUGUACCUUCAUGAACCACCAAGGUGGUGUUAAAGGUUCUGGUGUCUGGUCUUCCUGUUUCGGUAACUCCAUUUCUUAUGCUGCUGCCGAUGGUAUCACUGGUGCCUCUUCCGCUGAAGCUUUGGGUGAUGUUACCAUCUUAUCUGGUAAUGAGUUCAUGAUCUUCUCCGGUGAAGAAUGUAGCGGUAAUGACUGUGGUUAUUACAGAGAUGGUAUUCCAGCUUACCACGGUUUCGGUGGUGGGGACAAGAUUUUCGUCUUUGAAUUCACUAUGCCAAGUGACACUUCCGGUUCUGCCAGUAACCAAGACAUGCCAGCUAUCUGGUUAUUAAAUGCCAAGAUUCCACGUACUUUACAAUAUGGUGAUUCUUCAUGUUCUUGUUGGAGCACUGGCUGUGGUGAAUUUGAUUUAUUCGAAAUCUUAAGUGUUGGUUCCGAUAAAUUGAUUUCUCACAUCCACGAUGGUCAAGGUAACGAUGGUACAUCUACCGGUGGUGGUGGUACUCAAGAUUACUUCACCAGACCAACAUCUGGCACUUUAAAGGCUGCUGUUAUUUUCAACAGCAGCGAUCAAACUGCUCACAUUGUCGAAGUUUCUGAUGACUUCGCUGAAUCUUUAAGUGCUGACACUGUUGACUCUUGGUUAGCAAAGGCUGGUUCUGCUGCUGCUUUAUCUUAA